AUCCUUGUAUUUGUUACUCGAUCCCCUUGAGCAGCCAACGCUAACAGUGUCAACACAAGUUCAAUAUGGAGCAACAGAAUACCAAACCCAUCCGCUGCAUCGUCAAACUCGGAGGAGCGGCCAUUACAUGUAAAAAUGAAUUAGAAACCAUAGACGAGGAGAACCUUAUGAUAGUUUCAUCACAGCUCCGGCAAAGUUUGAUGUUUGGUUCUGCUUCUCAGAAAGUUGCUGGAAUGGACUGGAGUAAAAGGCUUGGAUUCUCUGAACCUCCAACAGUUAACAGUGAUUUUAGUGAUCAACCGGUUGUUGGUUCCAAGAGUUUUAUUGUUGUUCACGGGGCAGGUUCUUUUGGACACUUCCAAGCUAGCAAAUCUGGUGUUCAUAAGGGUGGGUUGAGCCAACCUCUUGUCAAGGCUGGUUUUGUUGCUACACGUAUAUCUGUUACAUCCCUCAAUCUUGAAAUUGUCAGAGCUCUAGCAAGAGAGGGUAUUCCUUCGAUUGGAAUGUCACCGUUCUCUUGUGGUUGGUCAACUUGUCAAAGAAAUAUGGAUGCAGCCGACGUGUCUAUGGUGGUUAAUGCUAUUGAUGCCGGUCUCAUCCCUGUUUUGCAUGGAGAUGCAGUACUAGAUAGCUCACAGGAAUGCACUAUACUGAGUGGAGAUGUGAUCAUAAGCCAUUUGGCAGCAAAAUUGAAGCCAGAAUAUGUCGUUUUCCUUACAGAUGUUUAUGGUGUAUAUGACCGCCCACCUACAGAACCCAACGCUGUACUUCUCCAAGAAAUAGCCGUGCGUGAAGAUGGGAGCUGGUCUGUAGUGAAGCCAACCUUACAAGGCACAGGCAAACCAGAAUUCACUGUGGCUUCCCAUGAUACAACUGGUGGUAUGGUUACCAAAAUAUCUGAAGCUGCAAUGAUUGCAAGACUGGGAAUCGAUGUAUACAUUGUGAAGGUGGGAACUGAACACUCAGUCCGGGCCCUUGAUGGAAGCCUGAGAGGCGAAAUUCCUAAUGAUUGGCGCGGAACAGCAAUUCGACUUGUAAGAUAGAAGACCUAAAGGUGGAAAACAAGUUGUGAAAUGUGAGGGAGUGGGAUCGAUUCCUUUAUACCAUAGGACUGAAGAUGAAGAAGUUGCUUGGAUAUAUCAUUCCUUUCCCCUUCAGGAUAUGAUGUCUACAAAUUUGAAAUCUUUUAAUAUUUCAAAGAGUUAAUUGUUAUUUUGAUCUCAUUAGUUUGAUAGCAUUCUCAUUA